UGGGUGUUUUUCUGUGAGACUUUAAACAUUAAAAGGACAAUUAACUUGAUCAAUUUUAUUAGUAAUUGUUUUAUAUUAUCAAUUUACAAUUUGUGUUUUAAUUGUUCUCUGGUAUUGGCUGAUUAUCAAUUUCUUCUGCUCAACUGUUGUCCACUUUUGAAAAGAUCGAUUAAUUUUUGUUUCUCUUUUUCUUUUUGUGAAGAAAAUUUUUCCCUUCUGCUUUGUGUGUAUACACUCAUUGUGUGUUUUUAUUGUUUCGUCCAUUUUAUUUUAUCAUUUUUCUUUUCUUCUUCGUUUAAAGUAAUACAAUAAUUAAUCAUGGAUGUUGCUGAUACUAUUAUUGGUCAGGCAAUUCAAGUAAAAGAUGACUUGGCUGAGAAAGUUCAAAAAUUGUUCAGAGAUUUUCUUACAGGUUAUUCUGAUGAUCCCGAUUCGGAUAAAGCUAAAUAUGCCGCUGAUGCUUAUAAUCUGCUUAGUCCAGAUCGAAAUACACUUUAUGUUGAUUUUGAAGAUGUUCAAAAAUUUGAUCCUGCUCUUUAUUCAACUAUUUUGGAAUUUUAUUAUCGUAUUUAUCCCUUUCUUUGUCGUGCUCUGGUUGCCUUUGUUAAAGAUGAAACUCUUAGGGAUAAAGAUGAGGUAGAAACUAAACAGAUCCGAGAUGUUCUUAAGAAAGAUUUGUUCGUCGGUUUUUACAAUGUUGCCUUACAGAUGAAAAUUCGAGAAUUAAAGACCAACUCAAUUGGAGCUUUACGAAGAAUUUCAGGUCAAAUUAUUCGAACACACCCUGUUCACCCCGAACUUAUUAAUGGUACAUUCGAGUGUCUUGACUGUGGAACUGAGGUUCCAAAUGUUAUUCAACAAUUUAAAUUCACCCAGCCCGUUAUUUGUAGAAACAAUUUGUGUGCCAACAGAUCAAGGUUCAAACUUGUUCUACACAAAUCUCGUUUUGUGGAUUUUCAAAAGCUUAGAAUCCAAGAAACUCAAGCUGAAAUACCUCGAGGUAGUAUGCCCAGAAGUUUAGACAUUAUCUUCCGUGGAGCCGAACAGGUUGAUUGUGUUCAAGCUGGUGAACGAUGUGACUUCAUUGGUUCCUUAAUUGUUGUUCCUGAUGUUUUACAAAUGUUCACUGCUCAGGCUGGAGCCAUCAAAACUGAAUCUGGCUCUGGUGGUAAUCGUGGUAAUGCUACAUUAGGUGAUGGAAUCUCUGGACUGAAAACUUUGGGUGUGAAAGAAAUGACCUACAAACUUGCCUUCUUGGCCAAUUGUUGUGUUCGUGAAGGAAGUUCUAUUCCCGCUGCUAUGGAAGAAUUACAAAAAAUUGAAGAAGAAAAAAAUCAAGAGAAAAAUCAUCUCAAAGAUUCCGAUAUGGAAGAAAUCAGAACUAUGGCCGCUGAUAAACGAUUAUACGACGGACUGGUAGCAAGUUUAUUUCCAUCUAUUUAUGGUCACGAUGACAUCAAAAGGGGUUUACUUUUACAGCUUUUUGGUGGUGUUGGUAAAUUUACCGAAGAAGGUACUCAUUUAAGAGGAGAUAUUAAUAUUUGUAUUGUUGGUGAUCCAAGUACAGCCAAAAGUUGUUUUCUCAAGUUGAUCACCGACUCUGCUCCUCUUAAGGCAGUUUAUACCAGCGGUAAAGCUUCAACGGCUUCUGGUUUAACCGCCGCUGUUGUCAGGGAUGAAGAAGGUGGUUUUGUGAUUGAAGCUGGUGCAUUGAUGUUAGCUGAUCGAGGUAUUUGUUGUAUUGAUGAAUUUGACAAAAUGGAUAUUCGUGAUCAAGUUGCUAUCCAUGAAGCAAUGGAACAACAAACAAUUAGUAUUGCCAAAGCGGGUGUUAAAGCUACUUUGAAUGCUCGAACCUCCAUUUUAGCUGCUGCCAAUCCGAUCGGUGGUCAUUAUGAUCGUUCAAGAAGUUUAAGGAACAACUUGUCCCUCUCUCUACCUAUUAUGUCUCGAUUUGAUCUUUUCUUUGUGCUUUUAGAUGAGGCCAAUGAAAGGACUGAUUAUGAGGUCGCCCGGAAGAUAGUUGACAUGCAUGCGAAUGCUUUUGAUGAUGUUGACGAGGCUGAAACUACAAUUUACUCACUAGAACAAGUUAAGAAGUACAUAAAAGAAGCCAGAAAAAUCGCACCAAAAAUCACACCCGAAGCUGAACAUGAAAUGGUUGAGACUUACAAAACUUUGAGAGGUGAUAAAGGUGCACUUGCAACUGGAUUCGCUGGAAGUGCCAAACAAUCAUGGAGAAUCACAGUAAGACAAUUGGAAUCUCUAGUUCGAUUAUCUGAAGCCCUCGCCAAACUCCAUUUCUCCAGUGAAGUGACCAUUAAUCACGUCAGAGAAGCAGCUCGAUUACUUAAUAAAUCAAUUGUUCGAGUUGAACAACCUGACAUCUCUCUUUUAGAUGAAUCAGUCGCAGCUCCGGUGGAAGAAGAAGAAAUGGAAGAGGAAAUAGCAGACGAUGACCAAGUGGCACCAAAAUCUAUCCGAUUGUCUCACGAAGAGUACAUUAAGAUGGCCAACGCGUUUGCGACCAAAUUACGUCAAGAGGAGGAUCGAAGAGAAUCAAGAGGAAGAAGAAUCGAUGAAGAUGGACAAGAAUCACCAGAAUUCGAAGAGAGAAUGGACCAAGGAGAUGAAACUGUCCACCCACCUCAAGACGAUUAUCAAGGAAUGACCAAAUCAAGUUUAAUCGAAUGGUACUUGGAAGGUCAAGAAUAUGAAGAUGAAACCGAAUUGGUGUCCAAAAAGUUACUCUGUGAAAAAGUGAUCGAUCGUCUUGUCAACAUCGAUCGAAUCUUAAUUUCUUUAAAAGGAGCAGAAUCAGAAUCAGAUGCUGACACUGUUUUAGUUGUUCAUCCAAAUUUCGUAUGUGAGGAUUAAAUUUAUCUACUCAAAUGAUUUUAAAACAACAAAAAUCAACAUUAAUUUGAUAAAUUGUAUCAUCAAAUUCAUCGCAUUUAAUUUUACAAUAAACAAAAAAACUAAUUCCAAAGGAGCAA